GUGAUCUUUGCACUGCACUGGACCUCAUCUUUCCGUUAUUUUGCAGUUUGAUCAUUCAAAAAUUCAGGAAUCAGGAUUCGAGACGCCUUCAAGUAACAACCAAUACUGAUCAUCGUGGAAGUUUGAGUAUUUAUCUUCUUCUCUUCCUCUUUUCUACUUGCUGUACUGUAUUAUUUCGCGUUGUUGUUAUAUGUUUGGGUGUAUAGGGCUCUGUAUUCCGAUUAUUUGCUGCAGUUACAAUGGAAGUGCAAAAUCAUUUACAAGAUCAAGAAAAUAUUAACGGCGUUAGGGGUAAAUUGAACAUUACAAGACGACAAGGGACAGCUCUUCGCGGAGCUCUUGGUGAAAUCAGUACGAAUGUCGCCCCGAUUCGGGACUUCUCUAUGGUUAAAGCUACAGCGGCAAACUUCGAAAGAAAAGCUAAAUGCGCUAAUAUUAAGAGCUACAAUCAUAUUCAGUCUAAAAUAGACACUGGAAUAUCUAACAAAAAUAAAGUCCAGUCAACACGGCCACCCUUGCGUCGUGAAGAAAGCACUGCAGGUCUGGCUACAAGAGCUGCUCUUCAUACUCAGGCUGCAGUUAAAGACUGUAAAAAUAAUACCAAAGAAUCCUCUAUCAUUGUGCAGCAAGCAAAGAAGGCAGCACAUGACAUUAGAAAACCCACCAAACUUAAGGAGAAUGUAGCUUCAAUUAGACCGGUAUUGAAAGAAUCAACUGUAUCUCUAAGUAAAUUGAAAAUAAAUGAAAAUUUAUCAGUAAAAAAUAUAAAAAAAAGUGAUGUUAGAGAAAAUUCACUCGGGAGAUGUACAAAUGAACCAGCUACACCGGUGUUGCCACCAAAUAUUGAAGAUAUUGAUGCCAAGGAUCAUAACAAACCAAUACUUAUGUCUACAUACAUAAAAGAUAUCUAUAGGUAUUUGACAGAACUUGAGAAGAAGUACCCUGUUGAAACUGAUCAUUUGAAGAAGCAGCCAGUGAUUACUGGAACCAUGAGGGCAACAUUAAUUGAUUGGUUGGUGGAGCUUCAAACUCAGUUCUCUCUAUUACAUGAGACUUGGCAAAUAUGUGUAGGAAUAAUUGACCUAUACUUACAGGUCGUAAAUGUCCAAAAAGAUAGGCUGCAGCUGAUUGGAGUUACUGCUAUGCUCAUAGCUUGCAAGUAUGAAGAAAUAUAUGCACCAAAUGUUGAUGAUUUUGUGUAUGUAUCGGACAACGCCUACACUAAGGAGGACAUAAUCAAGUGUGAAAGGGAAAUGCUGAGCAAGUUGGGCUUUCAUCUUACUAGGCCUAUUCCAAUUAGUUUCUUGAGGAGAUUCGUAAAAGUUGCUCAGGGAACAUCCAAGACUCAUCAUCUCGCUAAGUACUUUGUAGACCUCUGUUUAGUAGACUACUCUAUGGCCCAUUAUCACCCAUCAGAGUUGGCCGCGGCAGCAGUGUGUUUAUCCAUGCACAUAUUAACAAACAAAUCUCUCGAAGAGGUGUGGACUCCAUCACUUGCUUAUUACUCUAGCUAUGAAUUAAACCACAUUGACCCAAUAAUUAGGAAUAUUGCAAAAAUCGUCAAGAAUGUAGGAAAAUCAAAACACAAGGCCGUUUAUAACAAAUAUUUAGACCCAACUCUAGCAAAAGUAUCCGGCUUGCCGCAACUAAAGAGCUUUGCACUUGACAAACUUGUUCUGAGUUAAUAUUUAGGUAGGUUUAGAUUUGUUGAUUGUUAGUGUGAUAUUUAAGUUAUUUUAGAUGUAAAGUUUAUAAUGAUUGACUGACUGUUAUAUUAAGAUUUGUGCUUUUUAUUAAGAUGUAAAUUCUUUAGCUCUGACAUUAAACCUGAUAAUUAUUCAAAGUAAAUAAUAAUAUUAUAAUAUAAUAUGUUAUGACAAAUUAUGACGAGUUAUUUACUAGUGCUGCAAACAUAUUACGACAAAUAAUAGUUUUAUCGACACAGAAUAAAGUCAGAGUUGGAAUGAUUUGCAAGAUUUGUACCUGUAUAUUUUGUUUAGGAUUUUGUUUUAACUUUUCGAUCUAAUUGUAUUAUCUAAUGACGUUUUGUGACAACACCGUGUUUGUGUUUUUUAUUAUGAGAAAAUUGUAUUUUCUAAUGGAGAUAAAUAAAAAUUAAAAUAUUUGAUUGUGAAUUAAAUAAGUUAUAUAUAUUUUAAAUUCUUUUUGAAUUCUGCGACUGACAUUAAUCAACAUUACUUGCUGUUGUCUAGUGAUAUUAUUAUCAUUAUGAUUUUCAAUAAGGUAAUGUCAGUACCUUGAACUAUUAUUGACUAAAAGUCUAAAAUAACACAAAGAAGUUGCGUUUUUAAAUAAUUUUGUGAUGUAUUUCAAACAAAUGAAAUGAUCUUGUUUCUUAAAUAAGUGACUAAAAAUUUUUCAGUUUGAUUAUAAGACAUUGUAUUAAAAUAUUUUCCUAAUGUUAGAUAAUAUUAUUAUUUUAUUGUAAUCCUGUGAUGUGAAUUUGUAAAGUAUGUAAUAAUAAAGAUAGAAAAUGUUUGAAAUAAA